AAGAAGAGUGAAGAUGAAGAGAAAGAAGGAAAAGAGGUACCUUUCUUUUUUCUAUGUGAUCUAAACUGAACAGAGUGACUCUUAUCCACAGCAUCAACCAUGAACAAUUCGCUUUUUCUCCACAACGCAAACCCAAUCCACUUCACUUUCCACUCUGCAUUUUCACAAACACAACGCAGGCACGUUGCUUCCAACAAGCACUUAUCUCAGCGUUACCCACGCAUCCAAUGCUUCUGCGUCGAAAUCGACAUGGUGAAGAACUCCCAAGGAAUUUACGCCCCCAAAAGCGACAAGGUCGUUGUUCUCUGGGACCUCGACAACAAGCCACCUCGUGGGCCUCCAUACAACGCCGCCGUUUCGCUCAAAACCCUCGCCUCCCGCUUCGGCGAGGUGACUGACUUCUCCGCCUACGCUAACCGCCACGCCUUCGUCCACCUCCCCCAGUGGGUCCUACACGAGCGCCGGGAACGCAGGAACCUCGACAUCCUCGAACGGAAGGGUGUGGUCACACCCUCGGAGACCUACACGUGUGGGGUGUGUGGGCGCAAGUGCAAGACCCACAUGGACCUGAAGAAGCACUUCAAGCAGCUGCACCAGCGCGAGCGUGAGAAGAAGCUGAACCGGUUGAAGUCGCUGAAGGGGAAGAAGAAACGGGACCGUUUCAAGGAAAGGUUUUUGCGCGGGAAUCAUAAGUAUAAUGAGGCGGCGAGGACGCUACUGGUUCCGAAGGUGGGGUACGGGCUGGCGGCGGAGCUGCGGCGGGCGGGGGUGUUUGUUAAGACGGUGGAGGAUAAACCGCAGGCGGCGGAUUGGGCCCUGAAGAGGCAGAUGGUUCAUUCGAUGAGUAGAGGGAUUGAUUGGCUGUUUUUGGUUUCGGAUGAUUCGGAUUUUUCGGAGAUGUUGAGGAGGGCGAGGGAGGCGGAUUUGGGGACCGUGGUGGUGGGUGAUUGGGAUAGGGCUUUGGGGAGGCAUGCGGAUUUGUGGGUGCCAUGGAGUGGGGUUGAGAAUGGGGAAGUGGAGUUAGUGCCCGAGAUGAAGAAGAGAAGAGAACAUGGUUUUCAGAAUGAUGACGAUGAUGAUGAUGAUCACCAUGAUCGUGGUGAUUGGGGAGGAGGUUUGAAUGAGGAUGAGGAUGAAGAUGCGGGAAACUAUUAUUAGAUGAUGAAGAAGAAGAGGAAGAAGAAGAUGGAUUGUAUAUACUUUGAUUCUUUUUUGGAUGGAAAACAAUUUGCCACCGCAAUUUCGGCUGCAAUUGUGACUGCACCUAUCUCAUUUGUUUGUAGUUUCUUGCAAUGUGAAGAACUGCAACGUCAAGAUGUUUGGUAUGUCUGGGGCUGCUGCUGUUUUUGUUUGUCCGAUUUUGUGAUAUCAAGAAAAUGCAACAAAACUGUGACAGGCACUAGAAUUUGAAAGCUUGGCCAAUAGAGGUUGAAUUGAGGAACAUGAUGUGGGUAUUUAUGUAUGUUAUGUUAUAUGUAUCAUCCUUUUGAUCUCUAUUGGAUUAUAGAGGGUUGCAUCAAUUGAUUGCUCCCAAGUAGAAUAAAGUCUGUUUUUCCA